CCGGUCCCGCUUGUUGUAGACCUGCCUCCCUUGGAGCGUCCGCCUAUUGUCAUCGAUGCUUCGCCGCGGCCGGUCGUGGCUCCGGGCUUGAGCGGAGGGAGGGGCAUGUUCAAGAGGUUGAUAGUGGCUUGUGAUGGAACAUGGAUGAACUCGGACAACGGCAUGCUCAACGGACGAAUAGCGGUACCCAGCAACGUAACGAGACUAUCGAGAGCAAUCAAAGCCGUCAGUCAAGACGGGAUUCCCCAAAUAGUGAACUACCAAAUGGGAGUGGCCUCGCAAGGAAGUGUUCUCAAUCGACUCACCCACGGCGUCACCGGUGAAGGUCUCCAAGACACCAUCCUCGAAGCCUACUCCUUCCUAGCCAACAACUACCACCCCGGCGAUGAGCUCUUCCUCUUCGGCUUCUCCCGCGGAGCCUUCACCGCGCGCUCCAUAGCCGGGCUGAUCGGGCACGUCGGACUACUCACCAAAAAGGGCCUCAACUCCCUACCCGCCGUCUGGGAAGAUUAUCAGCACCGAUACGACGCCGGCUACAUCUCGCGCAACCCGACGCAACCUUUCCCCAACAAACCCAGCGCCAGCUCACCACGCUACACGCGCGAACUCCAACGCCGCGGCCUGACGCGCCUCGACAUCCCCAUCAAGGUCGUCGGCGUGUGGGACACGGUCGGCAGCCUGGGCAUGCCUCGCAUCGGCCUCCUGCAGCGCCUAGGCGUGCAGGACCCGCAGAGCGAGGAAAUGGCCUUUUACGACACCAAGAUCUCCGACUGCAUCGAAAACGCCUUCCAAGCCCUCGCGCUCGACGAGAAGCGCACCGCCUUUGCACCCGCCGUUUGGGAGAAGCCUGAAGGGAAUCGCACGACGCUGCGGCAGGUGUGGUUCCCAGGGGCGCAUAGCGAUGUCGGGGGUGGGAGCGACGACACGCAGCUGGCGAAUAUCAGCCUGGCGUGGAUGAUGAGCCAGGUGGAGCCGUUUCUGGAUCUGAGGGAGGGGUAUCUGUUUGAGCUCGAGGAGGAGAAUGAGCGGUGGUAUCGCGAGACGGGGCAGGCGAGGAGGCCGUGGGGGUUUGGCGAGAUUUGGAAUUCGACGUCCGGAUUGUAUGCACUCGGGGGUGGGACGUACCGCACCCCAGGCCUCUACCACGCCGUAACCCCCAAAACCGGCCGCACGACCAACCGGCCCCUCCGCUCGACAAACGAAUACAUCCACCCCUCGGUGCGCAUCCGGCUCCAGCUGCACGGCCCGGGAAUCUCGGAUAAAGGCAUCUACAACCCGCGCGCCCUGACGGAUAACUACAAGCUCGUCGUCGAG